GUCUUUUAUUGUCUUUAAACACAAUUAUUAUUAAUGUUUCUUUGAUGCUAUAAAGUUUGGAACUUGAUGCUUGCUUUGUUGUUUGUUCAAGUACCCAUCUUGUGAAUCUCUCAUUUAUUUCAAUUUUUAUUGUUCCCCCUAUAUAUUGUUCCCCUUUAAAUUCUUCAUUCUCCCUAAUACAAGCAAAAACAGCAUUUGAUACCCAUUCUAUUGAGUUGUACCAUCUCUUAUCUUGUUUAGGUUUACUGUAAAAUGUAAAAGCUCCCACUGAACAGUUUGAUUCUUGUUUUGUACUCUUUCUAAGGGCACCACAAUCUUGGAGUAUCUCAAACAAGACUGGUUUUAAGUUCCCUUGUCAAGUCUUGCAAAGUACACCAAACCAAGUUCUGAGGGUUGAAUCAGAGGAAUGGGUGGUGAGAAUAAUGAAGGUGAGAUGAAGUUUAAACAUGUAGAUGAUGAGAGUGGGGUCUCUAGAGUUGGAGUUACAUCAACAGAUCAUUUCUUCUCUUCUGUAGAUUGGGAUCCAGUUGUCAGUGGUGGUGGCUUCUCAAGCUCACAUUACACUUCAAUGGUGAUGGACAAUCCAGGGAUGAGUUGCUUCCCUCAUUACCAGACCGGUUCUGGUUAUCCAGACAUGCCUCCCAGUCUACUUCCUUUUGGUGAUUGUGUAGGUGGUGGUCCGGUUCUUGGUUCAGACAAGAAAGGGGAAAGUGUUGGAAGAUUGAUCAGAGCUGGAGAGUCACAUCAGGUUUCAGAUGAUGUUGUUCUUGGUGCUUCUCCAUCUAGAAAAAGAAGGCAACUCGAAGCCGAAUCAUCACAAAGGAACAAGAAAGCUGUGGAGGAGUUUCUAGAAGAACCUCAAAGGGGAAGUGAUCAGAGCCAGAAGAAACACAAAAAUGAUCAGAGUAAAGAGAAGGAGAGCUCACAGAGCGAAGAAGCACCAGAAAAAAACUACAUUCAUAUGAGGGCAAGAAGAGGUCAAGCUACUAAUAGUCACAGUCUUGCAGAGAGGGUUAGAAGAGAAAAGAUCAGUGAAAGGAUGAGACUGCUUCAAGAGCUUGUUCCAGGAUGCAACAAGAUCACUGGGAAAGCGGUUAUGCUCGAUGAGAUCAUCAACUAUGUUCAGUCAUUGCAACAACAAGUUGAGUUUUUGUCUAUGAAACUCGCCACGGUGAAUCCAGAACUCAACAUUGACAUAGACAGGAUUCUUGCCAAAGAUCUUAUGCAAUCAAGAGAUGUAAGUAGUACUCCUACGCUGGGGCUGAAUCCUUUCAGUGGUUUUCAAGGGACGAUACCGAACGUUCCUACCACCACAAAUCCACAAUACAACCCAUUACAUCAGACAACACUAGAGAGUGAACUACAGAGCCUCUACCAAAUGGGGUUCGUCUCAAACCCAUCGACUAUGUCUAGUUUCUCACCUAAUAAUGGUCGUUUGAAACCAGAGCUCUAGUACUUCCAAGGAUGAGUUAAAAGAUAAUUAGAAAGAGAGAGUGAGUGGUAGAGUUUGUAUAGGCUUUGGUCCGAAGUAACAUAUAUGUUCUUCCUUGUUAUUAUUUUUUUUUCUACAAAACCAGAAUGAUUUGGAUUCUUUGUUUUUGUUUUUGUUUUCUCAACGAAGAAUGGAUUUAUUAAA